UUUAAAUCAAUCAGAAGUACCACUUUCUUAGUAUCUCGGAGAUGUCCGGGUCUGUAGAACCACCACGGUUGGAAAUUGGGUUCUCUCAUCAUGAAGCAGACCCAACUAUCAUGAGUAAUGGCCGGAUUGAUCGUCCUUCUGUGAAGCUGGGGACUAAAUCCGGCGCUUUAUGAUGGUCCUCUCAGAGAGAAAUGGUCUUGCAGCAGAGAAAUGUGACACCGCAGGAUAAAUUCAUAAGUUCUGACUCGUUCUCACCCUCGCCGUCCCCUCUGCUCCUGCUGUGAAUCCCAUCACGACUCCUUUAAUAUACCAAGGUCAAACCUCUCUUGGAGAAAGCUGAAAAGAUUUCCUUGAAUGAAACCAGCUGGGGCGACUGUUAACUUCUGUAAGUGCAAAUGUAAUCAGUGAGGCUGUGGCAUUUGAUUAGUUAUGGGAAAAAUAUUGUUUCUGACAUUUUCUCUGUUGAAAGAGGGUCGGUAUUUUAUUUUGAAAUAUGUAAAACUUGUAGGAGUAGCUAGAAAAAUAAACAUCUUCCUUUUUGUGCACAGUCUACAUUAAAGGGGAUCUAUUAUGUCUUUUUUUCUUAAGGUUUAAUAGUUCUGUGGUUGAUGUCAAACAUGUUUAUGACGUCCUUUACAAGAAAUCCCUCUCACAUUAAUCCAUUUAAUCAGUUAUAUUCUUGACAGUUUCUGUGCCUUCCAGAAUGAGCCGUUUAAGGGCUCUGUCACUUCACGAAAACAAGCUGGAGCUGGCCACGCCCACCCAUCCUCUGCUCAGGCUGCUAUGAGCUAAGAAGCUCUGGUAUCCAAGGAGGGCCUCAGAGUAGAACCUCUCCUCCUCCAAUAGCAGUUCUCUUCCAAGUGAGAGGGAGUUCUGUUCUAAUUUUCCCUGCUUGUGACAUCACAAUCGGGGACUUUUUGAAAGGGCUUGUUUUAGGCACAUACAGUAUUUCCUAAAAGCAAACAUGGACAAAAUGGAUGGAUGGUUUUUUUCACAUUUGAAGUGUUUAUGGAGACAGAGUCCCACAUGGAAGCACAAAGGAAUGAAAAACGUGAGUUUUGCUAAAUAUGUCCCCUUUGAUAAUUGAAAAAAAAAACAAGAAAAUUAGACAAUAUGUGGGAAAAAAAUGAGAAAAUGGCUUUAAGUCAAAUCAAGAUUAAUUCAAUGUUUAUCUUCUGUCCUGAUGUAAAGAGUUAGCGUAUCCUGCUUUGUAACACGUGCUUGCAUGUUGCUCUCAGAUGAUCUCAAAUUACACGAGAACAAGUCACAGAAGGCUGAGUGUGUUUGCUAAACAUGCUGAAAACGUUGCUAAGUUGGCAAUUCUGAGCAGAAAUUAGAAGUUGAAGCACCCAUUGGCUGGUACACCUUUUAUGCCCCACCCCCUUUUUUAAAUAAAACGGACACAUUCUAGAUUAAACAGUUAAACUAGACCCUCCGAUGUUUCUUUAGGCGUUGGAUAUGUUCAGUUUGGGUAAUGGGUAAUGUGACGCUUACAACAAGAUAACUGAUAAAUGCCAUUUUAAACGACACCGUCACUCGACACGGGUGAAGAAGAGUCGGGUUUAGAAAAUGCAACACUGCUGUGCUUUCAAACACGAUGCCAUGGCUUUACUAGUGUUCUGUCUUUCUUCAGGCUACAGCUGUUCUCUUGCGGCGAUCUAAAAGAACCCUGCAGAGCUAUAAGGAACACUUGUUGUUUAGUUGGAGGCUCUUCCAGACAUCAGAAUCUGCUCAUCUGUAGUAGACAGGAGCGUCUUCAUCCGUCAUUACAGUCGUGAAAUGAAGUGUCAGUGUAUAAUCUACAAACUACAGUAUGCAGCUCCUCCUAGUGGUCUGGAGGAGAGUAUUUGAAUAGAAUAGAAUAGAAUAGAAUAAAAUUGAAUAGAAUAGCCUUUAUUGUCAUUGUAUAGGUUUCAAUCAAACUGGAGUGCCACUCUCUUUGCUGCAAAAUGUAAAAGAAUACAAACAGUAAUACGAUAAUAAUAUAAAUGUUAAAUCAACAGUAGUAUGUACAAAUGUUUACAGAGCAGCAGCAUUAAUGUUUGUUGUUUUAUUCUGUUGAAACUUUAGGAAAUAAAAUAAAUGUAUAAAUAAAUUCCAGGAGGCUGAAAAUAUCAAAGCCAAUUUAUUUUUAGAAAACUAUUUCCAACACCUUCUUUUUACAAUUAGGCAACUAGUACGUGCCUGUUUUUUUUAUCAGUUAUUGAAACUUUCUGAUGGCUCAUGGUGCUUUAAUCUUGUGAAGAGGAUGGCUGUGAGCAGACGAGCUGGUAAGGACAGACGUUCAUGUCGAGCCGACGCUCCGCCACCCCUGACUCUCCACCGCAGCGGUGUUUACGGUGGGUUUAGAGAACGCAGCUCUCCAGGCCAGAUCAGCUGAGAUCCUAACCCUUCGGAUGAAAGGAGAGGCUGUUCAUCAUAAAUCGGGCUGGCCAGCUGAUGGAUGGAGAACUUGUGUGUUUGUCUGCAGUUUUGUUGGAUGAAAAAAACGUUGUGUAAGACACUAAAGAUGCAAGAUUCAUUCUUUUUUCCAAUUUAGAUGUUAAGUUUUGAUUGCAAAUAGAUUUAUGGUUGCUCUAACACAUGCAUGCUCCUGCACAUAAAAAAAUCAACUAUUUACUUUAUCAGCUGACCUGUGUUGAAGCUCUUGUCCACUGUCUCUGAUGUUUGCUGCUAUUUGGUGGCUGAAAAGCCUCUAGCUGGGAUUAAAGCGAGCAGGUCUGCCCCCUGCUGACCUGGACUAGCUGGAUUCAUCAUUGAGAAAUAUUUAUUUUCAUAUAAAACUUCACUUUAUAAGACAUUGUGUAAUAAAAUGAAAAAGCCUUGAUAGACCAGUUGUUCAUGCUUAGUCCCUAUAAAGGAUCAACAUCGUCUCGAACACAUCGUUCAUGAUCGAUUUGAUGGAAGUUGGUGGUAAAUGUUUAAAAGAGAAUUGAAAGCUGAAGGAGUCCGCACAGUUUGCAGCUGAAGUGUGAAUUACCAUCUGCGUUGAAGGUUUCCUUAAAAAUAACAUAAAUCCAAGCAGAUUUGAGCAGCUCUCGGUGGAUUUGAGCAGAAAAAGAGCAGUUUGUUUACAUUUCUUGCAGCUUUCUUACAAAGAGGCGGCUCCUUUCCUCACAUCUUGAGUGACUGGAUGUUUAAUUCCGAGUUUUUACUCGCCGAGGUGUUCUGAAUCAUGUGGGAAUCAUUUCAGUCCAAUUUAGGAAAACAAUAAAAAAAAAACUAACUUUCAAAUUUCCGAGGUCAUUUUCUGAAAGGCGUCAUCAUCCAAAGCUAACUUGUUUGCUAAGGAUUUGUUGUCUUUUCUUCCAAGGACAAAUCCUAAACAUCCAGUGAUUAAAGUCUUGCUUUUAUUGCUCAUGCAGAUCAGUAAAUGUAUUUAUUGAAACAGUCUUUGAUUCUGUGAAAAAAGGAAAUAUAAUUAUUGUUUAUUUUUCUCCACAUGUCAUUAUAACACUAAAAUAAAUGUGUGCAAAGCUGAAAAAACACUCCUGAAGCUUGGAAUAAAGAGAACCUAUUCAGUUUUAUAUGAAAAGCACACAACUCUAUCUUGUUACAUUUUGAAAUAAAAGAAGUAUAAAGCAUUGCUGACAUGUUCAUGUUAUUAUAGAAAAGGUGUAAAUAUCUGUUAGGAAGAGUAUUUUCCAGUUUUUAGCUCUUUUAUGAAAUAAAACACCUAAAAUAUGCAAACGGUGUGACUAAUUCCUUUAAAAUCCACAAACAUUUAAUAAGAAAACCUAAACAUGUUAAUUUAUUUAAGUGAGAAUUAAAAUAAAACCAUAAUUGUAGGUUUUUGGAUCAAAUUUCUGUGAAAAAUGCACUGUCCCAAAUAUUAAAGUCCCACGAUUGCAUACAGUUGGAAAUUAAACAAAUAAUUAUGCAAUUGUAAAACUAUAAUAACAAUAAAUAUACUUCAUUAUUUAGGGAAAUAGUUACAAAGAGCCACAUACAGCCCCCCACUGGUAUAGCGAGGCUUUUAGGAAUACCGUGAGGAAACGGCCACAUUUGUUUAAAAGUCGCUUUUUCAUUUAAAAAAGCUCUUGAAAGGUGAAAAAGCUAAACGUCAGGAUUGGAAUCUGAGUAAUCUCAGAUUAAACCUGUUUUACAGUCGGAAUAGUUCCUUUGGGAGAUGUUGUGCGCGUGCUCUUCCACACGGGGGCACUGUUGCUCUCUAAAUGACACAUCCACUGACCCACAUGGUGCAAAAUAAAAAGACCAAACUUGAUAUUUAAGCUCCACUAGAGAGCCAAGUCGGGAUGAGUUUAAGGUGAACUCUUUAUUAUUUAAUUGGUGACAGGUUGGGUCGUUUCCAGCGGUUUGUAAACAUCUGCUCCGAACAAACCCGAUUAGCCCCUCAUCAGCAGCGACUUUUUUCUCUGCCACGGGGGAGGGAAAGGGAUGCGGGACAUCCGCCAGCUCGCUUUCCGUGUCAUUUGGAUCCAGGUUGCGUUCUCCUCUCAGCUCCAACUCGUACCGGUUUGCGCUUGAACCGCAAAGUCCGGAAAAGUGUGCAAAGUGCGUCGCGAGAGGAUCGUUAAGAAGGAACCCGGAGAAGUGCGUGAUGUGAAUCUCCAAACGAGUCCAGGAGUCUUUUUUUCCGUUCCUCAUCAGAACUAAAGCAACACCUUUUUAAUUUUUCUUUUAAAUCAACCCAGGCUGACCCAUAACUUUCCUUUUAAGCGCAUUACUCUUGCUUUUCUGACGACAUGGCAUCAAUGUAUCAGAGGUUUACCGGCAAGAUCAACACUAACACGUCGUUCCCCAACCCUCCGGAGGCGAGUCAGCUGCUCAGGAAAGCUGGCGAGGGGGAGAGGGCGGCGGAGAGCCAGCAACCCCGGAACCAGAACCGGUACCGGAGGCACUGCGAGGACGAGGAUGAGCUGGUGGGCAGCAACCCUCCUCAGAGGAACUGGAAGGGAAUAGCGAUCGCCCUCCUUGUCAUUCUGGUCAUCUGCUCGCUAAUCGUCACCUCCGUCAUCCUGUUGACACCAGGUGAAGAUGACCAUCUGGCUCUUAAAGGCAAAGUCACGGUUGGAGACCUCUUCAGAAAAGACUUAAAGGUUCAUGACCCAAACGCCAAAUGGAUAAGCAGUAACGAGCUGUUGUACCGCAACAGGGACGGUGAUGUUGUGAAAUACAACGUUGACACUGAUGAGCAAACCGCCUUGGUUCACAACAAGAAAUUUGAAAUGUACAAAGCCAGCAAGUAUGAGGUGUCCCCUGACAUGAAGCACGUGCUGCUGGCCUACAACGUUGCACCGGUGUACCAGUACUCCUACACAGCUUUCUACAUCAUCUGCAGUCUGGAAACUCCGGAGACGUGGAACCUGAAUCCUCCAGAGGUGCGAAACGCUCAGCUGCAGUUCGCCGGCUGGGGACCUCAAGACCAACAGCUGAUAUUCAUUUUUGAGAACAACAUCUACUAUCGGUCUAAGGUGGAGAGCCGUUCCAUUCGUCUGGUGUCUACAGGAAAAGAGGGUGUCAUCUUCAACGGGCUCAGUGAUUGGCUGUAUGAAGAGGAGAUUUUCCACUCACACAUCGCCCAUUGGUGGUCUCCUGAUGGCGCCAGGUUAGCUUACGCCACCAUCAACGACACUCUGGUGCCCAAAAUGGAGCUGCCCAUGUUUACAGGCUCACCUUACCCAAUGGGGAAGGAGUAUCCGUACCCUAAGGCUGGUGAGGAAAACCCGGUGAUCACUCUGUAUGUGGUGAACCUCAACGGCCCUCUGCACACCAUCGAGAUGAGGAGACCGAAUGAUCCCAGGACCGGUGAGUACUACGUGACGAUGGUGAAGUGGGCCACCACCACCAAACUGGCCAUCAACUGGCUGAACAGAGCGCAGAACAUUUCCAUCCUGACGCUGUGUGAGGCCACCACGGGGGUCUGCACGAAGAAACAUGAAGAUGAAAGCGAAGGGUGGCUCUACAGGCAGAACGAGGAGCCGCUGUUUUCCAGAGACGGUCUGAAGCUUUUCUUCACACGAGCCAUUCCCCAAGGAGGCCGGGGCAAGUUCUUCCACAUCUCCAUGUCCGUCUCCCAGCCGAACACCAGUACAGACACACUGCAGUCCAUCACCUCAGGAGACUGGGACGUCACUCAGGUCCUGGCCUACAACGAGGAGAGCCAACUGAUAUACUUCCUGAGCACUGAAGACGGCCCAAAGAGAAGACACCUGUACAGCGCCGACGCCUUCGGCUCGUUCAACCGCCGCUGCCUGUCCUGCUCCUUGUACGACGUCUGCGGCUACGUCAGCGGCUCCUUCAGCCCCAACAUGAGCUACUUCCUGCUGCGCUGUGAAGGGCCGGAUGUCCCGUUUGUGGCUGUUUACAAAACACAACGAGAUGCAGAAAGUGAGACUCAAGACAGAGAAAGUAUUUCAGAAGUCUGUAAACUGGAGAGCAAUGAGAAUCUGAGGCUGACUCUGGAGUCCAUGCAGAUGCCCACCGUGGAAUACAUGGAGAUCAACAUGGACGACUACAUCCUUUCCUUGCAGAUCCUGAAACCUGCCGGCUUCAUGGACACAUCUCACUACCCGCUGCUCCUGCUUGUCGAUGGGACACCCGGUGGACAAACGGUAACGGAGCAGUUCAUCAUGAACUGGGCCACGGUUCUGGUGAGCAGCUUCGGCGCCAUCGUUGUGCACUGUGAUGGGCGAGGCAGCGGCUUCCAGGGCACCAACGUUCUGCACCGGAUCCAGAAGAGACUGGGAGUGUUUGAGGAGCAGGACCAGAUGGAUGCUCUCAGGUUUAUGCUGCAGAAGCCGUAUGUGGACAAAACCAGAGUUGGAGCUUUCGGACAGGUGUACGGUGGCUACGUGACCAGCCUGUUGCUCAGCGGCGAGGACUCGCCGUUAAAAUGCGGAGCCGUCCUCUCACCCAUCACUGACUUUGAAUUAUACGCCUCUGCCUUCUCUGAGCGAUACCUGGGAUUACCAAAACCAGACCCAAGAGCAUACACAACGGCAAACUUAGCACACAGAGCGUCUCAGUUCAUGGAUAAGAAGUUCCUCAUCAUCCAUCCAACAGCUGAUGAAAAAGUCCAUUUUCAGCAUACAGCUAAAUUCAUCUCCCAGCUCAUUAGUGAAAAGGCCAACUACACCUUACAGAUCUACCCAGACGAAGGCCACUUCAUCCACAGCGAAGUAACAAGGCAGCACCUCAGCCAGUCCUUGGUAAAUUUCUUUGAUGAGUGCUUCAGGCUACCAGAAAGAGUGUUUGAGGAGGAGCUGGAAGAGGAAGUUGAAGAUGAGGGUUAGAUUGUCCUCUUUAGACUCCAGAGACCCCUCAUCUUCCCCAUACGCCUGGUCAUCCACAUACCUUCCAUUCUGUAUCAGUGCCAAGGCACAGCCAAGUUGUCUACAUCACGGAACUCCCGCGUUCCCCUUCAACUCAGUUUCAGACGAUGGAUCUUCAAUAACAUCAAGCCUCAUCGACUCAUCCAGUGCUCCUGAGUUGGACUCCAAAAGGCUCUUGAGAGAGCCAACAGAGACAUGAUGUUUUGGAACAAACUGACAAGAAGUCUCCCUCACAGCAAGAUGGACCUGCUAUUAAAAAGCAGCAGAAAGGAAGCCUUGGCUUUCACACAGACUUCCAAACUGUGAGGAGAAAAAAAGGCAUAGCACAUAACCGGAGGGCUUGUACAUUAAUGAAAACCUAAACCCUGGUACAAACACUGGUUGGCAGUGUUUAAGGGGUGUGUGGAUACAGGAAAUGUUCCUAUUUUUGAAGUUGUGAUGACUUUUUAUGUUGGACUGUGGUUGUGUCUGAUGUUACAACAGUUUGUAAAAUAGCACACAAGUCUUCAACCA